ACAUAAUGAUUGAAUUGUGUCCUAGCCGAGACAUGCGAUGUGUACUGGCCAAGACACAGAGAGGUAAAAAUCAAAUGGCCAUUGGAGUGAAUUAACAAACACUCUGGACAUGUAUGAUACGUGAUAGCAUGCAUUAUAUGUCUAUAUAUCAAGAGCCCACUUGAGCUCAUGAAAGGAUUUGAAAUUUCAGCAAUUAUGGCUUUCGCCUGCUACUCUCUUUUCCUCAUUUUGUGCUUCAUAGUUUCUGCUGCCCCUUCUUUUGGAUCCAGUACUGCCGACGAGCCGUUGCCUCACAUACCUCUUGGAGGUGCAGAUUGUGCCACUCCCCUCUACGACAUGAAGUCGAAUUGUUGGGGCUACAUUAGGAAGAACAACACCAUGACGGUACCGGACUCCUGCUGCCACACGCUGCGAUCGGUGUUGUCAAGAUAUCCGGAAUGUUUGUGUGAGAUCUUCUUUAGUGGUGGAUAUAUCGAUUUCGACAUUGAUAUCACUAAAGGAUUUGCCACUUUUGAUGCUUGCAAUGUGCGUGGCCGUGUAGUCUCUAGUUGCAGAGAUGUGGUUCGGACUACGGGUGCAAGCUCUAAGACAUCUUCAUCUACACUCAUUGUGGUUGCUCUAGUAGUAGUCAUGGCCAUAGCGUUAUAAUUUCUAUCCGCCUUUAUGGACACUGUCAGCUAGUAUCUAGCCAACAUGAUUUUUUUUAAAAGUUCUAGCCAACAUGAUUUACUUUUACGUGUGUGUAGUUUCUAUGGUGCUUCAUUGUUUUAUGGGAACAAUUUGUAGUGGUAGUCUUUGAGGCUUUGUUUGAUUAAGCAUGUAGUAUAUAUGGUUAAUCACGUUCUACUUCAUGGUUUGGUUUAAUAUUCCACGGUUUGAUGGAUUAUGAAAUUUGAAAGGCCUCUGAGUUUGGUAUAUUUAAUUGUUUGUUUGAAUUUCGAGAUGUCAAAAAUAUCCCUAAUUAUAAAUAUUCGUGUAUAUACGACCGAUGAGAUAGAGAAAAAUUAUCAAAAACUCGAUGAAUAUGGAUAAACACUAGAUGUGGCUCUUUGAAUUAAAUUCACUAAUCCAAUCCAUCCACUAAAAAUCCAAUUAAUCUAAAUCCAAUUGGAUUUGUGAAUACAUAGAUAUUUGAAAA